AUGUAAGUGUUAAGAUUUGAUUAGUUAGUUAACAGAAGUCCUUAAAUAGAAGAGCUUUGUAAAUGUAUGAUUUGUUUGGAAAUAUUCAUUGAUCCAAUGUGCUGUGAAAGUUGUGAAAAUCAUUUUUGUUAAACAUGUUUAACAACUUGGAGUUAGAACUAAUCUGCACGAAGUUGUCCUGUAUGUAAUAAGCUAAAAGAAAAGUAAGGGUAGCGUAUUUUAAAAAAUAUGCUUAAUGAUCUUGAUGUCUAUUGUUGUUAUAAAUAAAAUGGAUGCUUAGGAAUUUUGAAAUAUUCAGAGUACUUCUUUCAUAUUAAAUCUUGUCAGUUUAAAUAAAUGAAAUGUGAAUAUGAAGGAUGCAAUAUGGAUAUUCUUUUAAAAGAUAAGAAUCAACAUGAUAAUAUAUGUCCUUUUAAACUUUUAUAAUGCAAAUGGUGUUCAUAAGAGAUAUUAAGAAAAAAACUAGAACAUCACGAAUAAGAUGAAUGUUUAGAAAGAAAAGUUCAAUGUUCAAAGUGUUCAUCCGAAGUUCCCAUUUUGUUAAUGUAAAAUCAUAUAGAUUCCUGUCCUGAAAAUAUUGUAUCAAAUUUAUUAAAUAUUUUUUUUAGUAAUAAUGCUAAUUAUGUUUAUCUAAUGUCAAAUUAAAAGAUGUAGAAAAACAUGAUAAAAAUGAUUGCUUAGAAGUUUUUGUCAAAUGUUCUGGUUGUUAGCAACAACUUAAAAGAAUUUCUAUGAUACAACAUAGAUAAUCAUGUUAAUUUGUUGAAAUUGAAUGUGAAAAUUGCCAAUAAUUGAUUUAAAGGAAAGAUUUAAAGGAUCAUACUAUUGCUAAGUGUUUCAAGACUCUAAAAUAAAUUAUCUCAGAUUAAUAAAGGUAAAUAAAGGGAUUAUAUACAUUUUGUGAAGAAUUAUCAUAAUAAGUUAGUUUAAUGUCUCAAAUGCAAUAAUAGAUUAAAUUUUCCAAAUAUUUUAAGAAUAAAGAUAUUGAUGUUAUAAAUGAUGGAAAAAUUGCUUUGAUAAAUAUAAAUUAAAAUGAUAACAAAAAAAUUGAUAGAUUUGUUGCUAUUAAGAAUUCAAAAAAUAAACCUAUUGAAAUAGAAUUUCUCCACAUUUCUGAUUUAAAUGUGUGUAUUGGUAUUACACAAAGACAAAAUAUAUUUAAUCCAAAAGAUUAUUAAAAAUUAAAUCAUUAAUCUUAUUUAUUUUGUGCAAAUGGCAUUGUAUAUAUAAAUGAAAAUAAAGAUGAGAAUGGGAAAAAAAAAAAUUUUGGUUUCGUUAUUGGCCAAAAAUUAGAAUUGCUUUACAAUGAUAAAUUCGUUAGCAUAAAAAAUUGCAUAACUUAGUAAUAUCUUAAAUAUAAUAUUUCUUAUGAUAAUAUUGAUAAAGAUGACAUAGAACUCUAUCCAGUGCUUUGUUUAAGAAAUAAUAAUGAUAAAGUUCGUAUUUUAAAUUGA